AUGGCAUUAAGAUUUCCGAGGUUUAGCCAAGGCUUAGCUCAGGACCCCACUACUCGUCGUAUUUGGUUUGGUAUUGCUACCGCACAUGACUUCGAGAGUCAUGAUGAUAUUACUGAGGAACGUCUUUAUCAGAACAUUUUUGCUUCUCACUUUGGGCAAUUAGCAAUAAUCUUUCUGUGGACGUCCGGAAAUCUCUUUCAUGUAGCUUGGCAAGGAAAUUUUGAGUCAUGGAUACAAGACCCUUUACAUGUAAGACCUAUUGCUCAUGCAAUUUGGGAUCCUCAUUUUGGUCAACCAGCUGUAGAAGCCUUUACUCGAGGAGGUGCUACCGGUCCAGUGAAUAUCGCUUAUUCCGGCGUUUAUCAGUGGUGGUAUACAAUCGGAUUACGCACUAAUGAAGAUCUUUAUACUGGAGCUCUUUUUCUAUUAUUUCUUUCUGCUAUAUCCUUAAUAGCGGGUUGGUUACACUUACAACCAAAAUGGAAACCAAGCGUUUCGUGGUUCAAAAAUGCCGAAUCUCGUCUAAAUCAUCAUUUGUCAGGACUUUUCGGAGUGAGUUCUUUGGCUUGGACAGGACAUUUAGUUCAUGUCGCUAUUCCAGGAUCCAGGGGACAGUACGUCAGAUGGAAUAAUUUUUUAGAUGUAUUACCCUAUCCUCAAGGGUUGGGACCACUUUUUACGGGUCAGUGGAAUCUUUAUGCCCAAAACCCUGAUUCGAGUAGCCAUUUAUUUGGUACUUCCCAAGGAACAGGAACUGCCAUUCUAACCCUUCUCGGUGGAUUUCAUCCACAAACGCAAAGUUUAUGGCUGACCGAUAUUGCUCAUCAUCAUUUAGCUAUUGCAUUUAUUUUCCUGAUCGCUGGUCAUAUGUAUAGAACUAACUUCGGGAUUGGGCACAGUAUCAAAGAUCUUUUAGAAACACAUAUUCCUCCAGGGGGUCGAUUAGGGCGUGGGCAUAAGGGUCUUUAUGACACAAUCAAUAAUUCGCUUCAUUUUCAAUUAGGUCUUGCUCUAGCCUCUUUAGGGGUUAUUACUUCCUUAGUAGCUCAACACAUGUACUCUUUACCUGCUUAUGCAUUCAUAGCACAAGACUUUACUACUCAAGCUGCGUUAUAUACUCAUCACCAAUACAUCGCAGGGUUUAUCAUGACAGGAGCCUUUGCUCAUGGAGCUAUAUUCUUCAUUAGAGAUUACAAUCCAGAACAGAAUGAGGAUAAUGUAUUGGCAAGAAUGUUAGACCACAAAGAAGCUAUCAUAUCUCAUUUAAGUUGGGUGUGUAAUGCCAGUCAAGGUUCUGGAAUACCUAAGGAUUUUCUUGCCUUCAAUCAGUUUGAUAACAAUGCUCUAAAUACAGAAAUAGUAUUGGAAAUACAGAAAUAG